CCAAAACAAGAUCGACCAAGCCCUCUCUCUUGAGGAGUCAACGACAGAGGAAAGAUGAAGAUAUCUUGGAUUUUAUAACUGAUGAAGAAGUCAGAAUCGCUUUCUGCAUAUAAACGCAAAAUGGGAUCAAGACUGCGCCAUGACUGGUCAGAGUUGGCUCCGGAAUGUCUCCUAGACAUUUUCUCACGGCUGAGCAUGGGGCAACGAUGGAACGGACCGAUGCUGGUCUGCAAGACAUGGAUGAACUUAUGUCAAGACCCGUCCUUCAACACUGUCUUGGAUCUCGAAGCUGAGUUUCUGUCUUCCCCUGAGUCGUUUUACUGGUGGAGCCCCGAAUUCGAGGAAAAAGUGGACUCAACCAUCCGGUCUGCUGUCGACCAGAGCCAAGGCAGUCUGACGGAGAUUCGAGUCAGACAUUGUACGGAUAAAUCUCUCUCAUACGUCGCCGAGAGGUGCCCAAAUCUUGAGGUACUUUGGGUUAAAUAUUGCCCAAAGGUUACAGAUGUGUCGAUGAGAAAGAUAGCAUUAAACUGCCCUAAGCUUAAAGAACUUGAUGUAAGCUGCUCUUUUAAAAUAUGUUGUGCGUGUAUGAAAAUGGUGGGUACGAAUUGCAAAAAUCUUCAGAUUCUGAAACGGAACUCGAUGCAGCCUUCCGAGGUCAAGAGGUUAAGGCAUUGCACCUAUGUGCAGUAUCUAUCUUUCGAGUAUCAUGGGGACAUUGAAGCGGAUACGAUUGUUAGACACAUGAGUCAGUUGAAGCACCUGGAACUUCGACUAUUCUCCACAUUGAAUGAUAGUGCAAUUGUCGAUCUUUGUGAAGGAUGUUCGAAUCUAGAGUACUUGGAUUUGUUCGGGUGUGGGCGCUUGACUAGCAAAGGUGUUACUAAAGCUACCUCAAAGUUGAAGAAUUUGAAGGUGAUCAAGAAACCAGAUUUUGAUGUUUCGGGUGAAGCUCUGGGAAUGGAUGUUGAAAUUGAUCUUGAAUGGUUAAAGAAGUUGUUUGAAGAAUACGAUGGUGUUGAACAUAAUGGAUGACGAUCUUACAACGGCCCUAUUAUAUUAACUGAACGCAUAUCCCUUAUAUAUUAAAGGAGAAGCAUCGUAAUAAAUGCAUUCACACUAUAAUAGACACGUGGCAGCCUCACAAUGAUUUGAUAAUAAAUAUGUUAACGCGUUCACACUAUAUUCAUAAAUGUGUUCACACUAUAUUCAUAAAUAUGUUCACACUAUAUACUUUGUA